AAAUUAAUAUAAAUAUCAAUAAUGACACUUUCAUUGGGUCAAAAAACAUAAAAGAUGGGUAAAGAAAUAGUUGAGAGAGCUCUAAACAGCUUAGGAAAAGGCUUCGACUUGACCUCAGAUUUCAGGCUGAAAUUCUGCAAAGGCGAAGAGCGUUUGGUUCUUCUGAAUGAAACAGAGAGAAGAGAGCUAACGGUGCCAGGUUUUGGACCCACCAGAGAUGUCUCCGUUGACAUCAAAUGUGAUAAAGGUGAUCGCAUUCGGUAUCAGUCUGAUAUCCACACCUUCACCCAAAUGUCAGAACUCUUCAACCAAAAGAGCUCAAUCCCUGGGAAAAUCCCAUCUGGGUAUUUCAACACCAUGUUUGGGUUUGAUGAGUGUUCAUGGGCAAGUGAUGCAGCUAACACCAAAUGCUUGGGUCUUGAUGGCUAUUUCAUCAUACUUUUCAAUGUUCAUAUUGAUCGGUUCCCACUUUUUCUCUCUAAACAAGUCCUUGAAGCUGUUCCUUCUUCUUGGGAUCCUCCUGCACUUGCAAGAUUUAUCGAGAAAUUUGGGACACACAUCCUUGUGGGGCUUAGCAUUGGUGGCAAAGAUUUAGUGUUGGUCAAGCAAGACGAGUCUUCCAACUUGGGGCCAUCAGAGCUCAAGAAACACUUGGAUGAGCUUGGAGAUCAGUUAUUCACUGGGACCUGCAAUUUCCUUCCAAAAACCAAAGAGCAGAAAAACAAGUUACAAUGUGAUGUGCUGAAAACACAGGUACCACAGGCUUUUGAUGUCUUUGGUCCGCAAAUUGUUGCCUUCAAUAGUUCCACAUCCGUUUGUGCAAAAGAUGGAAUCACUGUGAUAUGUGCAAAGAGGGGAGGAGAUACCCAAGUGAGCAACCAUUGUGAAUGGCUUCUGACUGUGGCUAACAAGCCAGAUGCUGUUGAUUUUAGCUUCAUUCCCAUCACUUCUCUUCUUAAAGGUGCUCCUGGCAGAGGCUUCCUAUCCCAUGCCAUCAACCUCUACCUUCGAUAUAAGCCUCCUAUGUCAGAUUUGCCAUACUUUCUUGACUACCAAGCACACAAGCUUUGGGCUCCCAUUCACAAUGAUCUUCCUCUGGGUCCAGUCACAAACAGAACCACUUCUUCACCUUCUCUCAGCUUCAACUUGAUGGGUCCCAAGCUUUAUGUAAACACUACAAAGGUAACAGUGGAUAGGAGGCCAAUCACAGGGAUGCGCUUGUUUCUUGAGGGAAUGAAAUGUAACAGAUUAGCCGUACACCUGCAACAUCUAUUAAACAUUCCAACAAUGCUUGACAGCAAAAUAGGGGACACCACAAUUUGGUCAGAAGAAAUCAGUGAUGACCGUUUCAUCGAAGCAAUCAAUGGGAAGAAAUUUUCCCAUGUAUGUACAGCACCAGUGAAAUACAAUCCUAGAUGGAGUUUAGAUAAAGAUGUGGCCUUUAUAGUUACAGGGGCCCAACUUCAUGUGAAGAAACAUGACUCAAGGAAUGUCCUUCAUCUGAGGCUGUUGUUCUCUAAGGUGUCCAAUUCUAUUGUUGUAAACUCAAAUUGGACACAAGGGUCCUCUGGGUUGUCCCAGAGGUCUGGCAUUUUCUCAGCAAUAAGCACAUCAAUUUCAGGUAAAGACCAGAAAAAACCAUCUGUAGUUGUGGAUUCAAGUGUGUUUCCAGAAGGACCUCCAAUGCCCGUGCAAACACAAAAGCUGUUGAAAUUUGUUGAUAUGUCACAGUUAUGUAAAGGACCACAAGAUAGUCCUGGCCAUUGGUUGGUCACUGGGGCAAGAUUGGUCUUGGACAAGGGUAAGAUAAGUUUAUGGGUUAAGUUCUCUUUGCUAAAUACUGGUUCAUGAGAUGUCCAUACAGAAGUCUAAGUGAAAAAAGAAAUAUUUUUUAAAUGAGAUAACACACAAAAGUGGAUUGGACCGGUUAAGAAGAAGAGAGAGAGAAAAAAAAUUAUCUACUUUUUAUAUGUUACAUGAGAUAAUUUUAUCUGAUGUAACAUAAUAAACAUAUUUUUCAUGAAAAAAUAGAAAAAAAGGAAAAAAAUUUCAAAUUAUAUAUUUCUGUGUAAAUUUUCACACACAUAUACCAACAAUGGUUAUGUCCUUGUCUUUUAAUGACUCUGGCUGCGUAUAUAGACGUAGUUUAUAGGGUCAAUUAUUCUUUCCAUUGGUUUUGUAAGUAGCUUCCAACAAAAUCAAGUAU